UCACUUAGUUAUAUAAACAUAUGCAAUUAGUGUCUUUUGACAGUAAUUGACUGCGCCAGGUAACAUUUGCAUAUUAAAAUUCUAUUGUAUGGAAUUGUUUGGCAUAACAGGUAUUUUUGGCCAUAAUGUAUAUUGUGAUCCUCAAAAGUAGAGGCCUUCUUAAAACGUUUUGUAUAAAACAAAAACUAUUAUAUGACGCUGCUGUAUCCAAUAUACAAUAUGUCCAUGAUAACUGGAAAAGCUUAAUUUAUAUAGAAAUCCAUUAGUUUUUUACAAUCUGGUUUUGAUAUAUAAUGAAGUAUGAUAAUAAUAAAAUCUUAAAUAAGUGGAUAUAAGUUUGAAAUUAAUUAACUAAUUUUCAGUAUGUAUUCCUUUUUUCCUUGGUAUUACUCAAUAUGCUUGAAUAUUAUUGCUACAUCUCUGUUUGAAUAUUUUCAAUAAGUUCGGAUAAUUGUUUCCAGUUCAAUUUUUGAGAUUGUUAGAUUUGUUUUUAAAUAGCUGUGUUUUACAUAUUUGAGUUGAUAUUGGGACUACACUAAAAUGUUGGAUACAAAUUUUAAAUAGUCUGCCCUUGCUCCUUGGCAGUUUGCACAGUAGUUGUACCCAUGGGCUAUGGCUAAAAGUCGUUGCUAUGGAAAUGUGUGUACAAACAAAUUAUUAAUCAUCAAUAUCUAUUACCGUGUGUAACCGUAUUCAAGAAAAUAUUUUUUUUUGUAUUUGUUGGAGUGAUGGCCAUUAUAAUAUGUAAUUUCGGAAUAGUUUAGAACAAAGGUGUUACUGGUGUUUAAUAUUUUCUGUUGAUGGUUUUUUUUUGUAAACAUUAAUUAAUAUAAUAUAAGGUACUAUAUUUUGAACUAUUAAAUAUUUACUUAUCAGUACGAGUGGUUUAUUUUCGUUCGUUGAGUUAAAAAUGCGUUUCAAAUCAACAAUAUUAAAAGAUUCUGUGGAUCAAUCUGUUGUUUGUAUUGGUUGGACUGGAAACGAUGAAAUUAUAAUCGGAAGAAGCGACUCAACAUUAUCAAAAUGGAGCCAAGCCACAAAAGAAAAUAUAAAGUUGUGUGAUAUUUCUGACGAAUCAUCGUACCCUAUAGAUUUGCAUAUGUUAUCUAGUACUCAGAGACUCACAAACAAGACGGUUGGGAUUGAACAAAUCCUUAUAACUUCAUCAAGUGGCAAGUUACAUUUAAUGAGCAAAAUCAAUAAAAUCGAUAAAACCGUAGACGCGCAUGAAGGUAACGCAACGGUCGGGAAAUGGAGUCCUGAUGGUUCAACUUUAUUGACAGGCUAGUAUAAUACUUAAAAGUAAAUAUCUACUACAUACAUGGCUUUAUUAUGAAUUAAAGUAGUCACUAUAUUACUAUAGUCUACCUUUAUGUAUUAGAUGAGCAACCCAUGUGCAAGAUAGUUACCCCGGUCAAUCAUCACUCACAAAUUAUAAACAUUAACAUUAAUAGCUAAUCUCUAACCAGUAAAUGUAGCUUAAGUUAAUAAAUUAUAAGUGCCCCAAAGCAAGUAAAAAUUAUUGCGUCGGGUGACCAGAUUUUGCACACAUUAACUUUAUGUGAACAUCGGGAAUACGAUUGCAUAUCUAUAUUGGUCGGAUAACAAAAAAUUCAUCUUAAGAGGACGUGGCACCGCAUGUUUUGUCUCCAUCCCAUAAGUGCGUAACAUAACAAAUUUUACGCUUAGCAGAUUACGAGUAGCACUGUUAGUUUAAAAGUGUGAAGAGUGAAUUGAUUUCUUAUAUACACUAUAAAAGUUCUACUUUAGUUCUGAUUAAAAAAACAAAAACCUUUCUCCUAUUUAUUUGGAAGAAAAAUUAUUAGAUCACAGGUGCUUUUUAUCGACUAACACUAACACUAGAGUUAAUACCACGACUGUUAGAGAUAGUCAUCCAAUAAAUGACACCCACCCAAUUCAGUCUGAUAAUCGUACCUCCACUUAUUCCCAGGCCACUUCUGGUAGAACAGCUAAUGACGUGCCUCCUCCAACAACUUCUGAUUUAAAUACUACCAUCACUAAUUUCCUUGAGGAUUUCAAAUCGCUGAUAAAUCCUCUAAUCUCUCUACUCACCAAAGUAAUCGAAAAACUUCUUGCUAAGUAAAAUGUCUAACAACACAGCUACAAAUAAAUCACUUCUAAUAUUACAAUUUAAUGCAAACGGAAUAAAAAACCAUAUCAAUGAACUCCAAUCAGUGCUAUAUAAUCUUAGAAUUGACAUAGCACUAAUCACUGAAACUCAUUUCACCAAAUACUCCAGCAUUUAUAUACCCGGUUAUAAACUAUUAAAAACAAACCAUCCUGACAACACGGCUCACGGUGGUGUCGCUAUUCUAAUUAAAAGUUCAAUCCAAUUUCAACCUCUUCCACAUUUUUGUCUUGAUUAUUUACAAUCCUGUGCCCUAGUUAUUAAGUUAAAUAAUAUUCCUAUUACUAUUGCGGCUGUCUACUCCCCUCCAAAACACAAGAUCACAAUUCAACAUUAU